AUGAAAUCCUUUUCGACUAUUUUUACGCAAAUAAUUGUGCUGAUGAUGAUUGAAAUCACUUUAGUCUUUUCACAAACAAUAUGUAAUAGCGACGUGCAAGUUCUGACGGAUAACUUGGACAUAGCAAAUUGUUUUAGUAAUAGUUUCAACUCUUUAAGAAUAAUCGAUUCAAGUGAUCCAAAUAUCGUUACAAAUCUAAAGCAACUAAUUCCAGAAUUUUGUGCAAACCAAUGUACUCCGGAUCAACUUAAAACAGCAUCAGAUCAAUACAGUGCGACAUGUUCUGGAGGAGGAGAUUAUUCUUACAUGAAUGGUGUGAUAUUAUUAAAUUCAUAUGAUAUAUUACACACAUCAUUGUGUAAAGACGAUUGUAUCAUCUCUAGCUUUGAAGGUUUAAAUCAAAACGCUCAAGUUUCAAAAGAUUUUACCUCAAAAAUUGCUCAAUCUCCACCCAAUGUUGUAUGCACGGAUUGUAUUAAAGCCUUGGCAAAAUCCUUGAUUGACUAUCAGUUUAAUAAUCCUUCCACUACUUUCUCUGGUACAUUACAAAACUUAAAAAUUGCUUUGGAACUUAAAUGUGGUGAAAGUUUUAUUGUCUAA